GUCAGCGGUGAGCGUGAUUGCGUUCUCGGCGCUCGCGACACAACGAUUUAACAGAUAUCGCCUGUAACGAUAUCUCGAUUAUAUUCACUACAAUUACUACUUUCGACUAUUCGACUUGAACUUUCGCGGAUGACACGUCCGUAUCAUUCGCCGACUAGAGAGAGAGUCCCCGUCGUUCGCUGCUCCGCGCAUCGGAGCACGUUCGGUGAUUUCAAAGUUAACAAAGAUUGCAUCAGCCCUUGUCUGAUUGGUCCUUUCCUAGUGUCACUCACUCGUGUCGUGUUCGAUCGAGAGGCGCUCUUUUGGUUACUGAACAGCACUCAUGGCGCCAUCCACCGGUUGUCUUAGGGACUUCUUAGUAACUUUCUUACAGCUCGGCCAUCCUGCAUUUAUGUUCGUCUUCGAAGAUACAUGUUUAUCUAUCGCUUUUUAUUAUCACAGUUUCACAGACGCAUCUCUUAUUUAUAGUAAUAUCGCUUGUUUGAGACGAUCGGAUGAAAGAAUUGUGUUAAAUGGAUGCGUUGUCAAGUUAAAACCAGCCGUUGGGGACGGAUACAGUGAUGUCUCCCCUUCGAAACGAUUCAUGGAGUCAUUAGCCAUUAGACAGAUAUCAUUAAUUCCGGUACUACGAAUUUUAUAUCUUCAUUUUCUUUUCUAUAAACCAGACCGUCUAUCAAUUUAAAUUUAUCAUCGAC